CGGUGCGGCGCGGGGGGGGGCGUUCUUUGUGCGGGCGGAGGUGGUGGCGAUGCUGUCGGGGGGCAAGAAGGCCGCGGAGGCGGCGGCGGGCGGCGAGGGCGGCCCUGAAGCCCCGGUGCCUCCUGCCGCCGGGGCGGGGACCCUGGGCUCGUCCGGCGAGGGCGGCGGCGGCGCCGCGGAGCGCACUCCCCGCAAGAAGGAGCCACCGCGGGCCUCUCCGCCCGGCGCUCUGACUGAGGCACCCGCGGCCGGGGCGGGGCCCGCGCCCGGCGCCGAGACCACGGGUAUCGCCGAGACCCCCGAGGGGCGCCGCACGAGCCGCCGCAAGCGCGCCAAGGUGGAGUAUAGAGAGAUGGACGAGAGUCUUGCGAACCUGUCAGAAGAUGAGUAUUACUCUGAAGAAGAGAGAAAUGCUAAAGCUGAAAAAGAGAAAAAACUACCACCUCCACCUCCACCAGCUCCUACAGAAGAAGAGAACGAAAGCGAGCCGGAAGAGCCAUCUGGGCAAGCAGGAGGACUUCAAGACGACAGUUCUGGAGGGUAUGGAGACGGCCAAGCAUCAGGUGUGGAGGGCGCAGCUUUCCAGAGCAGACUUCCCCAUGACCGCAUGACAUCUCAAGAAGCUGCCUGCUUCCCUGAUAUAAUCAGUGGGCCACAGCAGACACAGAAGGUCUUUCUGUACAUCAGGAACCGCACUCUGCAGCUCUGGCUGGAUAACCCAAAGAUUCAGUUGACAUUUGAGGCAACUAUCCAACAACUAGAAGCACCUUAUAAUAGCGAUACGGUGCUUGUUCACAGAGUGCACAGCUAUCUGGAGCGGCAUGGGCUGAUCAACUUCGGUAUCUACAAACGUGUGAAGCCCUUUCCAACCAAGAAGACUGGCAAGGUGAUCAUUAUUGGUUCUGGAGUCUCCGGGCUGGCAGCAGCCCGACAGUUGCAGAGUUUUGGGAUGGAUGUCACAGUUCUGGAAGCCAGGGACCGUGUUGGAGGAAGAGUUGCCACCUUUCGCAAAGGGAACUAUGUUGCUGAUCUGGGAGCGAUGGUGGUGACCGGACUUGGAGGAAAUCCCAUGGCUGUGGUCAGCAAACAAGUGAAUAUGGAGUUGGCUAAGAUCAAACAAAAAUGCCCACUUUAUGAAGCAAACGGACAAGCUGUUCCAAAAGAGAAAGAUGAAAUGGUGGAGCAAGAAUUUAAUCGUCUGCUGGAAGCCACCUCCUAUCUCAGUCAUCAACUGGAUUUUAAUGUUCUCAAUAAUAAGCCUGUGUCCCUUGGUCAGGCUCUGGAGGUUGUCAUACAAUUGCAGGAGAAGCACGUGAAGGAUGAGCAGAUUGAACACUGGAAAAAAAUUGUGAAAACGCAGGAGGAAUUGAAAGAUCUUCUUAACAAGAUGGUGAAUUUAAAAGAGAAGAUUAAAGAACUUCACCAGCAGUAUAAGGAAGCAUCAGAAGUGAAGCCACCUCGGGAUAUCACCGCAGAGUUCCUUGUGAAAAGCAAACACAGAGAUCUGACUGCACUUUGUAAGGAGUAUGAUGAAUUGGCAGAAACACAAGGAAAGCUGGAAGAGAAGUUACAGGAACUUGAAGCCAAUCCACCGAGUGAUGUUUAUCUGUCAUCAAGAGACAGGCAAAUACUCGACUGGCACUUUGCAAACCUGGAAUUUGCUAACGCUACGCCCCUGUCUACGCUCUCCCUGAAGCACUGGGACCAGGAUGACGACUUUGAGUUCACAGGCAGUCACUUGACUGUGAGGAAUGGAUAUUCCUGUGUGCCAGUAGCCUUGGCAGAAGGGUUGGAUAUCAAGUUAAACACUGCAGUUCGACAGGUUCGCUAUACAGCAUCAGGCUGUGAAGUGAUAGCUGUAAAUACCCGAUCUACCAGCCAGACUUUCAUUUACAAAUGUGAUGCUGUGCUGUGUACUCUUCCCUUGGGUGUGUUAAAGCAACAGCCUCCAGCAGUGCAGUUUGUGCCGCCUCUUCCUGAGUGGAAAACAUCUGCGGUGCAGCGGAUGGGCUUUGGCAACCUUAACAAGGUUGUGUUGUGUUUUGAUCGUGUCUUCUGGGAUCCAAGCGUCAAUUUGUUUGGUCAUGUUGGUAGCACUACCGCAAGCAGAGGAGAACUUUUCCUGUUCUGGAACCUGUACAAAGCACCAAUUUUGUUGGCCUUGGUAGCAGGAGAAGCAGCAGGGAUCAUGGAGAAUAUCAGUGACGAUGUCAUUGUUGGACGGUGCCUUGCCAUCCUCAAAGGCAUCUUUGGCAGCAGCGCAGUGCCCCAGCCUAAAGAGACUGUGGUGUCACGCUGGCGUGCUGACCCGUGGGCACGGGGAUCGUACUCCUAUGUAGCAGCUGGAUCUUCUGGGAAUGACUAUGAUUUGAUGGCUCAGCCGAUUACUCCAGGACCAGCCAUUCCAGGUGCUCCACAGCCGAUUCCUCGCCUGUUCUUUGCGGGAGAACAUACAAUUCGCAACUACCCUGCAACUGUUCAUGGCGCUUUGCUGAGCGGACUGAGAGAAGCUGGCCGCAUUGCUGACCAGUUCCUUGGGGCCAUGUACACUUUGCCCCGCCAACCAACGCCUGGGGUGCCUCCACAACAAGCGACCAGCAUGUGAGAGAAGUAGAAGGUAUCAGAAGAGGAGUGAUGAGACCACCGUACCACUGUUGUGGACUUCAGGAUGAAGAUCUUCACGUAGUCUGUAGCAGUGUCUGCUGGAAGGACUCAGCCAAGAGUGAUGGAGAAAUGCAUCCAUUAAAAUGGCCUUACAGAAACUUAUCUGACCAUGGCUUGGCAUCCUUCUACAAAACCUUUUAGAGCUAUUUGAGGUGUCAGUGGGCACGGGAUCCUUUCCUACCAAGCUGGUCAGGGACUUUUUUGACUCUGCAGAUCCCUUUUGAAGUCAAGCAUAUAGUAGGAGGUUUUUUAGGGUUUUUCUACGUGUCUGUGUACUUAAGUAGGUGACUGCACAAGGCCCUUUAGGAGCUGUAGUGUAGUGUAGAAUUUAUGUAAAGUUCUGGGUUUUUUCUAUUGUUUCAUUUUGAAGAAUAAUAUUUUUUGAUCAGUUCUAUCUAUAUCUGGCAUUAGAAUUUGGUGCAGCUGUUCCCUACCAGUCCACAACCAAAAUGGUCUGUUGGCUACUGUACUGUUUACAUCCUGCUUUAGAAAUAAAGCUGAUGUUGCUAAGCGUG